AGUUGAGGUCCUUUUCUUCUUCAUCAUCAUGCCUACACCAGUCGUUGGGCCGGAGGCUGUAGCACAGGCUAUUGUGGAUAACAAUGAUAAUAGGACUAUGCACAGGUCGAAUCUUCUCCGAUUACAACUGGAGGAGCUCCUUGCAUCCACGACCCCAAACUGGGAUAAGCUCAACAAGCUGUCCAAGAUGGUUCAGGAGGUGAUACGCAGUGUUAAGAAAACGCAGGAGAAGGAUUUGGGGAGCGACUUCCAGGAUGAGUUCCCUGACCUCUAUUUCUUCCCGAACUCGCAGCAACAUGAUUUCGUAUACUAUCCACCUGAAGAGGUGAAGGUUGUUGGUAGCUACCCUAAGAGGGCAUGUGCCAAGCCGAGAUUGGUCGUGGAUGUUGAGGUUGUAAUUCCGGCGAAAUGUUUGCAGAGCAAGGACUAUCUCAAUGGUCGAUACCUCAAUAAACGAAAUGCAUAUGUGGGGGAGCAGUUGAGGCAAUUGGCAGAGAUCAUGGAUGGCUCGAAGGUUGAGCUGAAGAUAGGAUACUUCUGUGGGGAUCGAGCGAAGCCUAUCGUUGAGAUUUGCCCCAUCGGAUCAACAUGGGUGAUAAGGCUUUUACCAAGUAUUGCUGAUGGUACUGAUCCAACAGCCACCUCUGGUCCCGAGUCCAGCUGGUUGGCCAGACUUGGUUUGGAAAGAAACUGCAACCGUAUGGAUGGUCACGAUAGCGAGCAACCCACGCCACUUUACAACUCGGAGGUUGCAGAGGACAUUUGGAUGCGUUUGAGUUCCUCAUCGAUGGAGACGGGCAGCGGCUCUCAUCCAUCUUAUUCGAAGGCUGUGACGCUGUUGAAGAUUUGGGCAUAUCAGAGAGGAUUCCUCUAUAGGAGAGAUGGGGAGGAGAAUGCUGGUUUAUCAGGGUACCAUCUUGCUGUGAUUAUCGAUCACGUAAUAUCGUCCUCGAGAUUGCCACAUUCCACCAGUGCUUACCAAAUAUUCAAGCUCGCACUUGUACUCUUAUCCUCCACAGAUUGGAAGUCCAACGCCUUGGUUUUGGGCUCUCAGGAGAAGGAGGAGCGCUCGAUACCCGAUCUGUCUGACUCGGCACAACUGUUUUCUGGCUUCGAUCGAGCCUAUAAUAUCCUGUGGCGUAUCAGCUUGGUCACUAUUGAUGAGAUUGGACUUGCAGCUAAGCAGUCUCUGGAGCUGUUGGAUGACCCGAAGGAAGCGGAUCCAUUCAUGGAGGUAUUUGGUGAGAACUCGGGUAGAAGCCUCCGAUUGCGCUGGGAUUUUGCUGUAACUUUGCCAAUGGACGGAACGUUCUUGGCGAGUCGUCAGCUGGAGGGGGAAGUAAAUCGAUUACUGGGGCGCGCGCUAAACAACCGGAUGAAGUCGCUGGCAGUAAGGAGGUCGAUAGAGAAGGGAACUAUCACCGCUGGAGGUAUAUUGAACAGUGAGAAUACCGGUAGGCUACUGGAUAAGGGUCCAUCACCCAAAGCAGAGGAUGCGGAAGCAUGGCGCGAGCUGUGGGGGCCGAAGUCUGAGUUGAGACGGUUCAAGGAUGGUACCAUGCUAGAGUGCUGUGUCUGGAAUGGCGCUGAUGACGAGUCAGUGGAAGGGCAGAUCAUUAGGCAUGUGUUGGAGCAUCAUGAGGUGUCUUAUGAGGAGCUGUAUGUGACACCGUUGGGCCACAUUGCGGGAUUGAGACCAGCUGAUAGGAGUCUUUGGCGCAACUUUGAGCUGCUCCGGGAUGCUCUACAAGGAAUGGAAGAUAUUCCUCUGGCGAUCAAGGAUGUGCGUCCAAGUGAUCCAGCAUUCAGCUACACGUCUAUCGAUCAAGAAGGCUCGAGUAUAUCCGGCCUGCUAGAGGUUGUCAUCGAGUUGGAGUCGAAUGCAGCUUGGCCGACCAAACCCCAGGCGAUCAUCGACACUAAACUCGCCUUGCUGUUGAAGAUUCGGGAGGGUUUGCUGGUGACUGAGGAUUUCUCUGAUGUCAAUAUAUCGGCUACGGAGAAUCCAUUCAUGGACGUACAUGUUGUCCAGCUGGCCACAGCUGCCACUACCACCACUCCAAGCAAGCAAAGGAUGAGUUGGGAGUACUUCUCGCCAUUGCGAACUCUGUGGUACCAGCCGACCCAUCGGAACUGGAUUCACUCGAUGACCGCUUUAUAUCCAUGUCUAGCGCCGGCUAUUCGAGCAGCCAAGCGAUGGUUGGACAAACGACUUCUACUCAAAGGUGUUGGCUUGGAUAACUUCGCAGAGUUGAGCAUGAUGCAUGUGGUGGUGAGCCAAAAUCCCCAAUCUCCUCACACUGCAGUUCUGCUCUGGUUGAAGCUGAUUGAGAAUUGGCAUUCCAGCGAACGGCCCAUUUACUUGCUGCAGUCGUUGACGCCCGGUGAGGAGAACGAGGAGGAUAGUGAGGAGUCUCAACGUCUAUUAGAGAAACUACAAGCUUGUUAUGAAGCUGUUCCUAUCUCGACCAGACCCAAGAUGUGGAUCAGCAGUCGCCUUGACCCUCAUUGUCUCUUGGUUCGUACUCCGAGCAAUGCACUGUGUCAGCGAAUGGCUUCUCUGGCGUCGGCUUCGCUCAAGCAUGCAUUAAGCGCUCGGUGGCAUCGAAUUCUCAAACCUUUGCCGUCGGAGAACCUCUCCUCGCUGGAUGUGGUUAUCACACUGGUCCGAAAUAAGGUUGACGCAUCUCUACUACAGCAACAGUGCACUCGUCACUUUGGCUCGGCCGGAGUCUUCCUUUGUGGUGCUCGUGGGUCUAUCAUUGGUAUCAAGUGGAGACCUGGUGCUAGUGUGGCCAGCAGGAAGCAGCUGGCCGGCGGGAUGCAGCAUCUAGCUGUUAGCGAGGAUUUGGUGGUACCCAACUAUGCGUGGGUAUUGGAGAACGUUGUGAAGGGGAUGUGUGGAGGAGUGGUGAAAAAUGUUAAGAUGCAGGGGGUCGGCAGUAAUCUCCUAUAACGUAAACUACUACUACUUCUUCUACCAACGUCAAAGGUUUCUCUUA